AUGGCCCGCUCCCCCGAGGUGCCGGGCGGCUUCGCCGCGGAGUCGCAGCGGGGUUUCGGGGGAGAUGCCAAGCCCUGCCUCGACACCCCGGCGGUCCUCAGUGCCGCUUAUCAGGGUCUGAGCAUCCCCCUCAUCCUGACCCCCGAGCCCUCGGUGCCGGUCACUGGGGGAUGUCCCUGCAGCCCUGGCCUCCAGUCCCCCAUCCCUGGGGAGAGGAUUCUCCAUGCCAAAACCCCUCAGGUGGAGUUUUCCCAAGUCCUGGACCGCGUCCAAGGGAACAUGUCUCCUUGGGAUGAGCUGAGAUCCCUGGCCUUGCUGAACUUCUUUCACCCCGAGGAGAAGCUGCACGUCGGAGAAGAAGGGAGACGCGUCCGUCGGAAUAAAAGGAGUAAAGGCAGCGAAGGGCCCGAUGGUCCAAGUUCAGUGAAAAACAAGAAAAAGGGUAAAAAGGCUGGUCCUCCAGGGCCCAAUGGUCCCCAGGGGCCACCAGGGCCUCCUGGGCCACAGGGUCCCCCCGGCAUUCCCGGCAUCCCCGGGAUUCCAGGCACAACUGUCAUGGGACCACCCGGCCCCCCUGGCCCACCUGGCCCUCAGGGACCUCCUGGAGUGCAGGGCCCCUCAGGUGCCACAGACAAAGCCAGCUCCAGAGACAUUCAGCCAGCUGUGGUCCAUCUCCAAGGCCAAGGCUCAGCAAUCCAAGUGAAGAAUGGUGGAGUCCUCAAUGACUGGUCUCGCAUCACUCUGAACCCCAAGGUGUUUAAGCUGCAUGCCCGCAGUGGGGAGCUGGAGGUACUGGUGGACGGCACAUACUUCAUCUAUAGUCAGGUAGAAGUGUACUACAUCAACUUCACCGAUUUCGCCAGCUACGAGGUGGUGGUGGACGAGAAGCCCUUUCUGCAGUGCACUCGGAGCAUCGAGACCGGCAAGACCAACUUCAACACGUGCUACACGGCCGGCGUCUGCCUGCUCAAGGCCAGGCAGAAGAUUGCUGUGAAGAUGGUCCACGCUGACAUCUCCAUCAACAUGAGCAAGCACACGACUUUCUUUGGGGCCAUCCGCCUGGGAGAUGCACCUGCAUCCUAGAGAGGAACUUGGCGUGGCCAAGGACACCCACGGAAGUGCCCAGUGCUGCUGUUCAUAAAGCGUAUCAGUAUUUCAGGGGUUCUGUAAUCCGGCCAUAAAGGAAACUGAUCCAGAGCUAUUUAUUCCUAUAUGUGAAUGCAGGAAGCACAAUCGUCCUCUGUGACUGGCGGGGAGACUCGGAUCAAACCAAAAAAAGCUGGUGGGGAGAGCGUUGUGAGGAGGGAAAGGCUGUUGGGUGUGCCUUGUCUCAGUAUUUCAAGUAUUACUGCACUGAUACUCUGCUCUGUGACCUUCACGCGAGGCUUGGUGGGAGAGCUGGGGGCUCUGCUCGGAUGUUGCACUGGCAGGAGCGUCCCAGGGAGCGGGAGGACACGGACUCCUGUCCCAAAAUCCCAGCCAGGAGGGGGGUUCUGGCUUCCUGCCUUCCCAGGGGGGGCUGGGGGGCGAGGGGAGCUGGGUGAGACAGGGUCAGUGGUGUUUACAUUCAUCCUCAGGAGGAGGAGGAGGAGGAGGAGGAGGAGGAGGAGGAGGAAAAGUGCCUUGACCUAGAGCUUGGAAGCAAAAGCAGGAAGUGCGAGAGGAAGAGGAGUAACUAGAGCAGGCUUAGCAGAUAGGAAACUGCCUCCACAUUCCAGAAACCACCAAAUCCCAAAGAAAACGCCGAUUCCCGGGUCCAGGCCUCUGCUCCUUUCAGCUCCUGCCCUUACCCCAGAGGUAACCUUGCCCCAGCGGGGGCUGCCUUCAAGUACUGCUGCUGUUACAGCAAGUUGAGUUGGGUUGGGGGUAUUUUGUUUUUUUGGGGGUUUUUUUGUUUUGUUUUGUUUUUUGUUUUUUUUUUUU